GGCGGGCUCAUCUUGGCUUUCUCCUCCGAGCGUUUUUGUUUACCGCCACCAGCAGCGUUUUGGCCCGUCGGCGUGAAGGCUGGCACCAUGGACGUUAACCAGCCCAAGCAGGAGCAUUUGCUGGCUCUGAAAGGUCCUGUUUUCCACUGAUCUUUGCAGCACGGGGCAAGCAAGUGCUUAUAAAUAAGAUGUUUCAGUCUAGAUUUGAGAAUCCUAAUCAAGAAACCGUUCCCUUUCUUAAGAAUAACUGGAUUCCUCCUGUACAAGCAUGGAAGUGGUCUUGCAUUAUCGACCAUAUCAGAGAGAUCUAGUAAAACUGCAGAACUUUGCAGAAGCAGCAGUGAAGGAGUUUCCCAUUCGUCGGUUACCAAGAUUUACACCCUGGUUUCCAAAUGAUUUAUACAGACUUCCCUUCAAACCAAAAAAGCAGCCACCUGUUAUUUCUUGUGAGGAAGCAGAAGAAUUGAAACAGCUUUCUACACCUUCAGAGUAUGUUACAGGAGCUCCUGAUUGUGACUGCACAAAAUACCUCCUUGAGUUUCAGUCUGACGUGAAACACGGGCAGACUUUAAUGCAAGCACAAACUGUUCACAGACUAAUUAACUUGGAUAAUCAAGGAGACCCACCACCUAACAGAAAACAAAAAUUGAAAAGGUCUUGGAGUGUCUCUCUCCCUAGCCCUAAGCUUAAAGAAAAGAUCCUUCCUUUAUCUCAAGAACUGCAAAAUAAUUUAGAAAGACUAAAACUGCAUGCAUUUUACAGAGCAAAGUGGGUAAUUGAAGAGUCUAUUUGUAAUAAUCAGAAUUUGGAGGACAUCUGGGUAAAGCUGAAUAGGAUUAUCAAGCAGAAUGAAUUGCCAUCUUGCAACGCUACUAUCCAAAGAUCUGUGGGACAGAUAUGGAUUUUCUGUGAUAUAUUAUACUGUGAAUAUGUUAGAAAUAUUCUUAGGGAAAAGCUAAGCCUUACCGAUAAGAUGAAUUUACUUGUACAUAAGUUUGGAAUUAUAUUUAGUUUGUAAUUGAUAGGUGGAGAUAAAAUUGCAAUUUGAAGUGCUAGAGUUUUUAAGCAGCUUAGGUUAUACAAGCUUUAGAACAGCUGAUGAAUUAAUGAACAGAAAACUGCUGAAUAUUACUUUUCUACAGUUUUUUUAGCUGUAAUAAUUAUUUACUAAGAUGAGUAAGUUUCUGCUUGGCUUAGUACUGCAUUUUAUAGCUUUUCUCUACAUUGGUGGUCUAACGGACAAAAAAUAAAAACUCCAGACUAUUAUGGCAAGCUGUGUCAGAUAAUUUCAGUCAAGCAAAGUACAUCCUCACUGUGCUUCUUGGAAGUUAAGAGAAGGGAGAAUAAUUUUAAGUGAGUUGCUAUAAUUGUUGUAAGGAUCUGUAAUUAUUUUUGACAUGGAGACUUUCAAGAUCUGAUUAUUUCCUGAAAGUAGUGUGUGUGGGCUCUUCAAUGGAAGCAUAGUUCUCAUAAGAAAUCAGACUUAUUUCUAUUCAUGUGUAAGCUGCUUUAGUAACAACUUAGCACUUGCUAGUUAUGACUUCGGUAAUAAGAUUCUGCCCCUCACUUUCCCUGGAUGUUUCUGGUCUUUUGUCUGUAAUUAUACUGGGGAACAAGAAAGCACUGACUUCCAGCUACAGGUCAGGAAAUUAAGAAGUGGGACACUUCCAUCUGUGAAAAUGUGUUUGUUGUCAUUGUGGAAGAUAAAGGCCUCUGAGGCUUUAAAUGUAUUUUAUGUUAGUGAAAGGCAGAAUUCAGCAUAACUUUUUUUUCACCUGAAAGAACAAGCUUAUUCUUUGAAAUAUUUUAUGAAAUAAAUUUAUUUCAAGGCAACACUGUCCCUGCCAAGUUGCAGGGUGAGUAAAGUAGGUAAACUGCGAUCAGUGUAACUGCAAUAGUAUGUAUUUCCGUUAGGCACCCCUACUAAUUCCAGAUAAUUUUGCUAUAGCUGGAGGUCAAGGUCUGUGGCAUCUGCAAGAGGAGGAAAAUGAAUGGUAUUUGUAGAUUGUUAUCAUUAACAUUGAUGGAAUAAAAGUGUAUGUAAGCAUUUCACCCCUCUGUGUAAAAACUAAAUAAAAUACCCCUGGACUUU